AUGAAUGGUCGCAUUCCUAUAACUCGUUUUUCUAUUUUAGCAGAAAGAAUAACUCUUAGUAGAGUUACUCCCCUUGCACGUCGUAACUUUGCUACUGCUACAGGAGUAGUUUCAGAAGAUUUUUCUGUCAAACGCAAACAUGUUGAGGAACAUGCAAGAAAAACCUUUAAAUUGUGGAAAAAGAUUUCUUUAUCCGUUGUUCCUAUAUCUGUGUUCCUUAGCGUUGGCAAUGCUGUCAUGAUUAUGAACGAACAUGCUGCUCAUAAUUUAGAACAUCCUCAUGUUGAAGAACCUUUCUUUUGGGGUGAUGGAAAUCACACUCUCUUUCAUAAUACUGCUGUCAAUGGACCAUAG